CGGACCAAUCAGUACUCUAGAAUUGAUGAUUUUUCAUUUUCAGCAAACUUUCUGCAUUGCCCUUGUUGUCAGUGUUUCGUUUAUCGUGGUUCAAGCAUUGCUGCAGCCGAGUAGCUGGAGUUAGCUGAGUGUGAGAACAACAUCAAAAGACAAAAUAAUGGCGACAACACAAAUGCGAGCUCGAAGUGUUAAAAAACUUGAGAAGCCACGGCCGCUAAAGCUGGCUCAGCGUCAAUCGACCCAAUCGACCGUCGACAAUCGGCGGAAUAAUCAUCCGACAAUUGAGGACAGUUUGUCCUUAAUCGACAAUGUAACCAUGCAGUUAAGCAAUGGUUACCACGAUGAAAUGUUGCAACCAAAAGUGAUUUUAAUGUGUAAUCACGUGAAGCUGUAUUCUUCGCAGCUGGAAACUAUUUACAAAGAUCAGCUUGACAGAGCCUUUGUAGUAAUAAGGAACGCCAGUCACGAUGGAAGAUUAGAUUUGACAACAAGAGUUCACUUGCUGGAACUUAUCGAACUCAGAGCCAAACAAUGGCACUAUUCCGACUCAUCGGAUGGUUAUUCUACGCAAAAAUUUACAUAUUUAGAUAAUCACCAUCAUAACGAAGCUAGAAGUCCAGAAACUCCAACAUUGCUGACAAUGCCACUUCCGUCGCCUUCAACUCCAGUUUUGAGACCAGGUGAGGUGAUUAAGAACAGCGGAAAAUUUGCGAAACCAACGCGGAUUCCUGGCAAAAAUUAUUGCAAGGAUGAAGUUAUUAUUCGUAACAGUGAUUCAGGAAAAGUGAUGGGAAUAAAAGGGCGACGAGUUCACAUGAUCGAAGAACUCAGCGAGACCAUCAUCUCCUUCCAGCGAGUGAACCCUGGAGCGAAAGAAAGACUUGUCCAAAUCACGGGAACUUCAGAGGACAAGAUACAUUAUGCGAAGGAUUUAAUUAAAAACACGAUACAACGAAAUGCGUCACCCGUACGACUUGAUCAAGGUGGAGGAGAAAAAAGCGGGAUAGGCGAUUCAAGUUCAUCAUUGAACAGCAGUGCGUCUGAUGAAAGCAGCAGACUGCAAAGUUCACGUUCUCGUCUUGCCCACAGCUUUUCCACCAACGACGCCAGUAUUGGCGAAUAUAAAUUAACGGUUAUUGUCGGUAACCAAUCUUUGAAAAUUUCUGGCUGUGAUUACAACCUCGUUAAGGCCGCGAAACAAAUUCUCGAAGAUCUUUUAUCUGGAGACGGAGAGCAAUCCAAUAGCGGAGUUGAAUUUUUCAGUCUUGAAGAAGAGGCUGCAUUCUCUCCUAAUAAUCAGUCCACUCCGCAGAUUUAUUCAAACGUCAAACCUCAACUUUCAGGCAGAGAAUUAAGUCUGGAAAGUAAUGCUACUUCUGAAAAUGAGGAAACUUAUAAAGCUCGUACUACAAAUUCGGAACCCGUGAAAAUGAAGCCGAAGAAAAAUGCAUCAAGGGAAUUAUCGUACGAAUUUUUAAUGAUGUGCUCCGAAGGGCCCUAUGCCAAGAGGGCUCCUGCAGAUUGGGCUCGAAUUCAAAAGGAGUGUCCCAACAUCAUACGCAAGCACACGUCUAGGGCUAUUUAAAAGGCACCGAUUCGCUGGUUCGAACCGGAGACUUAUAAGGCAAAAGUAGCUGCUGCUGGCCUUGUUACAAUACUACCUGCUGGUGAAGCAGACAACGAUCCUGAAUAAAAAUAUUAAGGAAGACUUAGAAAUUUUAUCGGAUUACAACCGUUUAUAACAUUGAUAAAUGUUUUUCUUUGGACAAACAAAAUGUAAGUCUUUAUACAAUCUUAUUGAGAUUAAUUUUAUCAUCAUUUGUUGAUGAGUUCAGAAAUGUUCUUUGAGAAUACAAUUGACGUGUAGGCCAAACAUAAUUAUAUUGUAAAUUAUAAUAAUGAUCGAAUUAUUUUAAUAUAAUUGUCAAAAUGUACGUUUUUUUAAUUUAUAUUUUUAUUCAAUGUAUUUAUUUAUUUAUUUAUUUCUUCUUCAUUAUUAUUUUUUAUUUAUAUUCUAUUUAUUAAUUUAUUUGUCCAUAACUUUAUUUUAUUGUUUUGCAUUUUUAGUUUUCUUAUAAAUGGCUUACUCGUCCUAAUUAUUUUUUAUUUUCUGUAAAUGGGACAUUACUUCAGAAUUGUCUCAAGUAAAAAAGAAAAGUUUUCGAAAUUUUGAGAUUUAUAUUUUAUUUUGCUUAGGGCAGUACAAGAAUAAUACCCCAAAUGCAAAUAUAUAUAUAAAUAUUUUUGACCAGUCGGAUUUUUCUAUUUUUUAAUAUUUUGAUAUAAAUAUCGUUGUGAAAUUUUAAUUUGUUAAAUUAUAAAAUUAUUGUCCUGUUAAUGAGUUAAUAAAAAUAAAUUUUGUAAAAAUAAAUUUGAGUAAAAUAUCAAUCAAUAAUUGUUAAAAUUUUAAUUGUGCGAUUUUUUAUUAUCAUUAUUAUUUGUUAUUCUGUAGGUGUUGAGUUUAUUUUUUGAUAAUGUCUAACUUCUUAGGAGAUUAAAGAAUUAGUCAGAUUCUAAGAAAUAAUAAAAAAAAAAUAUGCAACUAUCAUUGAAAAUAGAGAGCUCACAAAACUGAAUCUAAUCCUUCAUAAACAGUAACUGCUUUAACUGUCAUUUUAGUAUCAACAUAAUAGUAUGUACUUCGAAAAAAAGAAAAUAAUCCCGCAUAAUCAGAUAAAAAUUGUGCAUUAGUUAAUGAUAAAGGUAUUUUUUAUAAAAACUCACAUUUACCGCAAUUUUAGAAUUAAAAAUGUAACUGAACAUUAAAAAGAAUCAUAAAAAUGACAUAGGUCAAUAUGUAAUUAUUAUAUAUAUUACCAUAAUGUUUAGAAUAAAUAAUUUUUACGAGAAAAAAGACGUUAUGAAAAAAAAGAAAAUGUUUAAAAUACUAAUAUCAUGGAACUUAAGUGCUUUUAAACUUAAAAACUAAUAAUUAUUUUAUAGUCAAAAAAUAAAGUUAAAUUAAAAUUUUUACUUAAAAUACUUGUUUAGAGUUUAAGUGUAAUGAAACUAAAGUAAAUUGAGUUUAAUUAUUUAAGUUUACUUAAAACUUAUUUAUAUUAAAAAAUUGUUAAAACAUUUAUUUUUAAUACAUGAUUUUAACUAAGUGCAUAAAAAGCUUGAAACUCCACUUCGAGUGAAAUUAUUGAAUUUUUUCAAGUUGUCGAAUAAUUAUUCGAAUACUUGAACUUGACUUGAUUUUUUGAGCUUUUUCUUGCACACUCUCAAUAUUAACAUAAUUUCAGUAGCAAAAUUCUGUGAAAAGCACUCAUCCGUGAUUUAGUAUUCACAUAGUCUAGUCUGAUUAUCUAAUUUUAAAUAAAGAACUAAACCAAAUUAAUUAAAUGUAUGAUAAAUCUAUAAGUUAUUUUAUGUUUUAUAUGAUAGACGAAUUUUAUAAGUUUGUCUUUUGAAUGAUUGUUUACAGAUUUUUGUAAUUAAAUUCUCAUAGUAAUAUUUAAGGAUUAAUUGUAUUAAUUUCGAGAUUAAAAAUUAAAUCAGGUGUAGGUAAUUGUUUCGAAUGAAAAGAAAAUUGUUAGAAAUUUUUUUUACUGUAAUUCUGUUAAAAAAUAAAAAUCUUAUUGAAUCGUA